AUGUCGUUUCAGGGAGCUGCCAAUCAGCCCGGCGGAGAACUCGCCAGUCCGGCUGGCGAUGGCCCCCCUCUCUUCCGAGUAUCACAAUCUCCAGGCAAAGGAAUGGGCCUCUUCGCCACGCGCGACAUCAAAGCCGGCACCGUUGUCCUGCGCGAGAAGUUCACCCUGUCCGUCCCAGGCAAGAACAAUGGCGGAUACAGCCGGUUAGACCUCGACGCGAUCGUGAAGCUGACACUCCAGUACAACAACUUGUCCCAGGACACCCGCGCCGAACUCCUGCAGCUCCACGCGACGCCCAUGCCACAUCGGGACGCGGACGUGCGCAACUUGAUCACGGCGGCCGAUAGACACGCCGGUGUGCCGCCAAUGGGCGAGCGGGCCGUUGAGACGUGCCAGAGAAUCGUCGGCGUCUGGUUGACCAACGGCUUCCUCACCAGCGAUGAGAGGACCGGGACGUGUCUCUUCUUGAAGGCGAGCCGGAUCAACCAUUCCUGCGUUGCCAACACUGCCCGCUACUUCGAGAAAAAUGACCCUAGGUACAUUACCAUCAGGGCUACGCGCGACAUCAAGGCCGAUGAAGAGAUCACGCUGACCUAUGCCGAUGCCCUCCUGCCUGUAGCCGAGCGCCAGGAGAAGACGCGGCGGGUGUGGCACUUCACCUGCGCUUGUCCGGCCUGCGAUCCGAAUGAUCCCGCAAUUGACUCCGCGGCGCACGAGCGCGAUAUCCGCGACCUGCAGUCGCUGGAGAAUGACCCGACCCCAGGCAGUGAAGCGUCUCGCGAGGAACUAAGCGCGGCGCUCGAGCGAUCUAGUCGGCGUAUCGAACUCCAUCAAAAAUUGUUGUCAUCGCCUGCGCAGCUAGCAACCGAGUAA